AUGUCUCGCCCUGCACCCACCUUCACGAGUCUUUCUCUCUCCAGAGAAGGCAAUGUCUUCAUAAUCACACUCCAACGCGGCCCUGAGAAUCGUCUCAAUACUACAUUAUGUAACGAAGUCAUUCAAGCCUUCCAUUACAUUCAAAGAACACUGGGUCCCAAUUCGGAAGGCGCAGUCAUCACCCGUGGAAACAAUGCGAAGUUCUGGUGCACUGGCGUUGACCAAGAUGAACGCGACGACAACCCUUUCGCCAAUUCUGAUGGCUUCUUCCCAAUGAUCCAUACGAUACUGGAUUUUCCCUACCCGACUGUGGCUUUGUUGACUGGACAUACUUUUGGUGGAGCGUGUCCAUUUGCCUUGAGUCACGAUUAUCGGGUGAUGAAUAGCGAGAGAGGGUUUAUUUCCAUGCCCCCCGUCAAUCUUGGUAUGCACUUCCAAGGCAUGGGAACACUUCUUAGUCUGAAACUCUCUCCAAAGAUUGCCCGCAAAAUGUUGCUUCAAGCACAUAAAUGGACGGGCAAGGAAGCUCUUGCUGAUGGCGUGGUUGACGAGAUUGCGAAACCAGAUCUAAUGCUGGAUGCUGCUCUAAAGAUCGCUCGUGAGUGGGCACCAAAAGCCAAGGCAGGAGUUUACGGAGUCUUGAGAAACGAGCUCUAUGGUGAGGCUACAAGGGCAUUUGCACUGAUCAGUCAUGUGCACUCGAGAGAGACCAACAGGCGGGCAUUAGUAAAGCUGUAG